UUCGCCCUUUUGUUUUCCCCUCCAGUUUCCGGUGAGUGUCUGUGUAGGGAGCUUUCUCUUACACUGUUUUUGUGCGGGAUUCUUGUUCUGUGAUUGGACAUAGGACAGUGGCAGCAGGUGAAAAGACGCAGGAACCAGUCCAAUCUGUCUUACAAUGGCGACGAACUCCACGCCUAAUGGCUGCGGCCCUAAUGUGGACUCUCUCUACUACAACCUGUGUGACCUCAGCGCGGCCUGGGGCAUCACGGUUGAAGCCUUUGUCGCCGCCGGUGUUGCCGUCUGCAUCGUUCUCUUCAUCGCUCUGCUCGCCAGUUUGCCAUUUGUCCAAGACCGGAACUGCCGGAGCUCCUUGGCUCUUCACUUUGGCUUUUUGGUCUGCACGGCUGGGCUCUUCGGUCUGACCUUUGCCUUUAUUGUGGGGAAGGACUUCUCCACAUGUGCCUCCAGGAGGUUCCUUUUUGGCGUGCUGUUUGCUGGCUGCUUUUCCUGCAUGUUGAUGCAGACUGUGAGGCUGAACAUCCUGGCUCAGAAGAACGUCUCCCCACGUGCCUGGGUCCUGUGUUUGGGGGCCUUGGGUCUAUGGCUGGUUCAAGUCAUCAUCAACACGGAGUGGCUCAUCAUCACGGUGGUCCGAUACCCACUCGAACCCCUUGGUGGAGUCCACGAAGGUCGAGAGACAUCAACACCAUGCAACAUUACGAAACAUGAUUUUGUCAUUGGUCUGAUCUACGUAAUGACUCUGCUGUUGACCACCCUGGUGUCCAGUCUGACUGUCAUGGCAGGAAAGUACAAUCGAUGGAAGACAGAAGCAGCUUUUAUCGCUGUGACCACCUUUUUGUCUGUCUGCAUUUGGGUGGCAUGGAUUGUCAUGUACCUUGACGGCAAUGAGCAGACUGGUGGUGUGAUAAUGGACGAUCCAACCAUGGCCAUAGCUUUGGUGGUCAACGCCUGGGUGUUUGUGGUUUUCCACACAAUCCCGCGACUGUGCAGUUUAGCAGGCGACGAUGAGAGUCAGCCAAGCUUCGGAGAGGAUUCAUUCGCAAACAGAGGGGUUGGUUACGAGACCAUCCUGAAAGAAACGAGUGCCCAGAGCAUCUUCAUGGAAAACAAGGCCUUCAGCAUGGACGAGCCCAGCAAAGCCUCCAAACCCAUCUCUCCAUACAGCGGCUACACGGGUCAGUUGAGAAGUUCCGUCUACCAGCCCACUGAACUGGCUCUCAUCAGUAAAGCAGCGGCCAAUAACCCAGCAGAACCGACCCAUGACACAAUGAUUCCCAGAGCGAGUGCCAACACCACACCUGACAGCGCCGGCGUGGAGAACCAGAGUACAGCAUACAUGAAUGGAAAUGAUCAGGGCAACGGUCGACAUGGGAACGCUGAGUGGUGAUCAGAGUGCUCUUCCUAAAACGUCCUCUGGGGAUGUUCAGAAGUGCUCAAGGGGGCCAAGUCACUAGGGACGCCACUGUUUUCCAUCAGUCAUGGAUGUUACAGAGUUUGGAUUCAGCAGCAGAACUAUCCGCCAAGUCUGGCCUGGCCUGGGGUGGACCAGGUUGAAGGAAAUGAACUGUAAAUAACUUUUAAUUAAUGCUUGAAAAAUAUUUAAUUCACUGAAAGUUCUGAAGUGUUUUGUCAUAAAGUCACUUAGAAGCAGCAUCUUAAAAAGUUUCACAUUGUUUCGUCUAUGACAUUUGUGAUGGUUGCUGUCAAUCACUGGUCUGAGCACUGUGCUUCCUAAUCACAAUGAAAGUCUCAAUAUGGAUGGUGAUUAUCAAGAUGUUGGUGGGUGUAAACGGACUGGAGAGACACGUUUUUAUGACAUUUGAAUGAGUGCUUUUUCAGGAUGUUUAUGUGAUGUUUAAUUUAAAGUUGAAUCAGUCUUAUAUAUUUUUGGGAUGUUUUUAUUUUAGAUAAAAUUGUACAUCUGAUUUUCUUUAUUUUAUUAUGUAUUAUACUAUUGACCUUUUAGAAUAAAUUGCCAUUUGUUUCAUAAUUGUUGUUAAACGUCUUUCAUGAAAAAACAGUCUCAGUGUCUCUCCUCAUCUCAGCCCCUCCUCCUUCUCCUCCUGUCUCCAGCAGACCUUCUCUGUGGUCUCUAUCUGUACUGCAGCUGCAGCCCCAGAUAAGCCCGUGUCCA